UCUCUCUCUCUCUCUCUCUCACUCUCUCUCACACACACACACACACACACAACAUAGUACCGCAAGUAGUUGCAGUUACAGCACUUGACAUCAUACUAACACUAUACCUUUGUCCCAAUUCAUUUCAAGUCCCAAACUUAAACAAUCUCAAAUACCCAACUUCCAAAAUCUUUUUUUUUCUUGCUGGAUAAAGUAAAGAUUUGCCUAAGUUUUGAGUUGGAAUGGAGACCCGGAUUGAUGAUUAUGAAGUGAUAGAACAGUUGGAAAGAAGAGCUUUUGGAACUGCAUUUCUUGUUCUCCAUCGAACUGAUAAGAAGAAGUAUGUUCUGAAGAAAAUACCAUUAGCAAAACAGACAGAAAAAUCCAAGCGUGCUGCAAAUCUGGAGAUGAAUUUGAUAGCUAAACUAAGCCAUCCAUAUAUUUUGGAGUACAAAGAUGCUUGGAUUGAAAAGGGGAGCUGUAUAUGCAUCGUUACCAAUUAUUGUGAAGAUGGAAACAUGGCAGAGAUCUUAAGGAAGUCUAGAGGAGCACUUUUUCCUGAAGAGAAACUUUGCAAAUGGCUGACUCAGCUAUUAUUAGCUUUGGAGCAUCUGCAUUCCAACCGCGUUCAUCAUAGAGACCUUAAGCUAUGUAACAUAUUCAUCACAAAGGACAAUGACAUCCGGUUAGGUGGUUUUGGGUUAGCAAAAUUGAUAGAUGCAGAAGGCUUUGCUUCCUCGGCUGCUGGCACUUCAAGCAACAUGUGCCCUGAGCUCCUUGCUGGUAUGCCCUAUGGCUACAAAUCUGAUAUAUGGUCGCUUGGAUGCUGCAUGUUUGAGAUUGCCGCACAUCAACCACCAUUUAGAGCUCCUGACAAGAUUGGACUUAUCAGCAAAAUAAACCGGGGUUCUUUGUCACCACUUCCGAUUAUAUACUCCUCCACCUUGAAACAGAUAAUAAAGAGCAUGCUAAGGAAAAAUUCAGAACACAGACCUACGGCUGCCGAGUUGUUAAGGCAUCAACAUUUGCAACCAUACCUCCUCUUGUGUCACAACCCUUCAUCUGCGUAUCUUCCAGUGAAGUCCCCAAGCAGCACAAAAGAGAAAGCAAGACCAUCACCUGGAAAAUCUAGCAGUCCUAGAGACAGCAGAGACAGACAGUUGAAGCUAAAAGAGAAGAGACCUGUCCUUUACUUUGAUGAAAGUGAUAACAUAAAGCCGAGAAACUUAUCAGACAAUUAUAAUACGUUCAAAGCCAAACUUGAGACUAAGAGAGUUGAUCCAACAAGCUACUCAGUUAGGAUCUCUCAGGAUAGUGAGGAUUCUAAAAGUGGGGAGACGAGUCAGGUAGCUAUUUGCUAUGGAGAUGAUCAAACUGAGAGACUCUGGCAAAUGGGAAGUACGACUACACCAAACUCUUCAAGUUCAAGGGCAAAAACAUGGUCCGAGGAACUAGAGCAUGCUUCUCCUGAGCAUGUUAAACAAUUUGAAGAGUGUGAUAGGGAAAGUUGUGAAACAAAAGAGCUUGAGGUGUUGAGCAGUCCAACGGACAAUGAGGAAGCUGAGACAAAUGUAGUGGAUAGUAUCUCCGGAAAGCCUAGCGGAAUGACAUUGUCUAGUGAAAUCUGCAGCGUUAAAACACGGUGCUUUGAUGAUGAAAGCACUUCAUCAAAUUCGCAGCCGGCAAAACCAGAUUCCGUGGCAGAACCAAGGUGCUAUGCCACUGAUACUGAAAAUGGUAGUGAGAGUAGAGAAGUUGCUAAUGACUGCAUGUCAACUGAAAGCAAUGGUUCACUUGUACAUAAAGAUGAGCUAGAAAAGAAAGCAACAAUGGUUAAUGACACAAAACAGGCUAGGAAAUAUGCUCUUCAAGCACUGGAUGAUAAGGUUUCACAGCUCAAGUCACUAGCCGCAUUAGCUGGUAGCGAGCGCAAAGAUGAUUGGGGGAAUCCCACUCAACAAAGAGCUGAAGCUUUAGAGUCUCUUUUGGAGGUUUGUGCACGACUUCUUAAGCAGGAAAAAAUCGAUGAGCUUGCAGGUGUGCUGAAACCAUUUGGGGAUGACGGAAUGUCGUCUAGAGAGACAGCAAUCUGGUUGACAAAAAGCCUCAUGACCGCACAAAAGUUGGCCAAGGAAUCGUGAUGUUGCACAGAAGCUUUUCCAUAACGGUGAUAUCACUGUUCGAAAGUGAUUUGUGUUCUUUCCAUGGUGGACACAGAAACGUGUUUCGUAAGUGUUUGAUCCCCUGCUAAAUGAUUACUUAAGGAAACAUACUUGGAUAGCUGUAAAUCAGCAAGUCUUGUUGGACAAAAUUAUAGCUAGAGACUCAAUGUUUCUUUGAUAUUUACGACUCUUAUACUGUUUGGUUUUACACUAUUAAUGAAGUAAAGGGUUCAUAGGAGCUCCAGAAGUGCGUACCAA